AACUCCACAUCCCAGGAUCACCCGCAGAAGAUCAACAUCCCUUUUGCGCGAAAACGCAACUUGGUGAGUGUCUGCUCGUGCUUAUUAUUUUCAUAAUUUACCCUAAGGAGAAUUAGCUAGCUAGUUAUCUAUCAAACUAGUUAGCUAGUUACAUUGUUUACCGAAUAUUUGCACGGUAACGUUAUAGCUACCGAACUGCUUGUGGUGCACUAACCUGCCAACUAACGUUAGCUAGCUAGCUAAGUACAGUAAGCAAGCUGUCUAACGUGUUUUCUUCGAUAAUGUUUCAACUAGCUAGCUAGAUAGUCAGCAUAAGUGUUGGAGCAGUCAUUCACACUAGUGCUAGCAGGGAUUAUAACUAACUAGUCUUGAACCCACAUGUGAUGGCAGAUUGGAGUAGGCUUGCAUUAAAACAAACAAUUGUUAUAUUGUAGCUAGCUAACGUUAUCAUUGUCACAUUGUAGUUAGCUAACAUUGGAACAAUGUAGCUAUUCGUCAUCAGCCCAGCCAGACAUAAUACUGAAGAAAUGGAUAGAUAAUGAUUUUGACAACGUUGUUGAUUAUCAGUGCAAUUCGAUUUGGUUGAGUUUUUAUGUAUUUUUUCUCUCCAGAUAAAAUCAAUGUCCUCCCCGACUGGAGCAAAUGAUGAAGAUGAGGUGGAGUUUGUGUCAGUAAGUGAUUUGUCAUUUGUAUGAACAAGGUUCAAAGGUUUCUUUACUAGCUAUGUUGGCAUUCACCUUUGCAGGAAGUUAGGGUUAGUAAUUUACAUGAAACAUUUUCGUACAAUGCAUUAGUUUAAAUUAAAUUGACCCAAACUUGGAUAGUGUGAGUCAGUAUAUUUUUAUACAACUGUCAUGAAAAAACAGACGUUUUCAGACCGGUCCAAAAGAGUCAACAGUGUCAGAAAGACACAGUGUCUCCUCCAUUUAACUAUCUCGUUUUAGGAGGCUCCGCUUAGACCUGUACUGGAAUGUAUUGAUUUACUGAGUGAUGGGGAAGACGAUGGAAGUUUACCCACAGCUGAGACAGUGAGUGUGUCAAGUGAAAGAUAAGACAUUUAAUACAAACUGUAAUGACAUGGAAAGGUGGUUGAAAAAGUGACAUGUUAUUGUUAUGUACAUAAUAUGUUUUGUGUACCUUUUUUGUAUUGUUGUUAAGAUUGAAGAUGAGAUUGACCGACAGAAAGCUCAGGUCACCUCAACUUUGGACAGACUAGCUCGCCAAGUGGCUGUGGAGAAAAAGGAAAGAGCAGAGAAGUGUAAAGCCUUCAAGGUAAGGAGACUUCAAGUUCAAACUGGUAUGAUAAUCAUAUUAGCCAUUGCAGCUUGUUGUGUAUUGUGUCUUUUGUGGGAGCUAUUGUCUCUCUUUGCACAGUUCUUCAUAUUGGUCAUGUCUCUGCUUGCCUUAUUUCAGGAGAAGCAAAUUUCACAAAAGGCUCAUGGGCGGCAGGAGCUGGCAUUUAGUCCCAAUGGUAACGCAUAUGAUGCCAAGCGCUGUGUAGACAUGUGGUUAAAGAUGCCAGGUAAUAUAGUCUAGUUAGUCUCAGAAGGCAUUUUUAAAGUUGAGAUCUGGGCCCCAUAUUCAUAGAAUGUCUCAGUGUAGGGCUCAACUGAUCCUAGAUCAGCACUCUUACACUGAGACGCUUUGUGAACACGGGCCCUGGAGUCAGUGCUAGAGGCACACAAGACAUUUCAUUUAAUUUGGUAGAAAAGCAGGAUCUCAGUCUUACCAUUGUCUGUUCUUAGGUGUGACACCUGGGGUCAUCAAUACUGGAGCUAGCUGGAGACGCAGACAGGUCCCCUUUCCCACCAGUAGCUCAUCUACACAUACCUGUCCAGUGAUCAACUGUGGUCGGGUUUAUGACAACGUACCUCUCCUGGAAGGUCACUUGAAAAGGUUAAAUUAUGAGAUUUAUAUUUCUAUAACCAUUAUACAUAAUAAACAACCUACUUGUAAUUUAUCCCUGAGAACCAUUUUUUCUGUCUGCAGGUUUGACCACUCUCCUUGUGACCCGACCAUCUACCUGAAAGGAAGCCCAACUGAACUGUUUGCCUGCGUUGCUUGUGGUGUUCAUUUUGACACCAAAGAAGCUUGGAAGGUGCAUCAGCAGUCAAAGGUUGGUUAUGCCUGUAAAAUCAACUACUGUUGUUAGAAAUUAUGCACUUUCAAUUGUGUUCAGUCACCGCUGUCAUUCAAAUGUGCUCUAUGCAAGAAUUCUACCUACCAAUCAAAUACCAUGAGGGAUACAUUGCCGUUUGAAGCUAUAAAGUAGCUUUUUUACCAGCGAGUAGUCCGCCCAGUCAACCACCUUCACACAGUAGGGCCUUCCUGUUUCACAAUUGGUUCUCACUAGGAGGUUGAAAACAUAAACAAUGCAGCAAUACUUCACAGUAGGCCCCGUGUAGCUCAGUUGGUAGAGCAUGGUGCUUGCAAUGCCAGGGUUGUGGGUUUGUUUCCCACGGGGGGCCAGUAUGAAUAAAAUGUAUGCACUCACUAACUGUAAGUCGCUCUGGAUAAGAGCAUCUGCUAAAUGACUAAAAUGUAAAUGUAAUUCCUGCAACAGAUUUUGUUAUUGGAUGGAGGACCUCAAAAUUAUCACUUAGAAAAUAGUGUUGACGUUUAUCACUACCAAAGCAGUAGAGGGCAGCAUUUAGCUGUGAUCCCCAAAAAAGUAUAUAUCUAUUUUAUUUGUUACGUGCUUUGUAAACAACAGGUGUAGACUAUCAGUGAAAAUACUUAUUUACGGGUCCGUUACCAACAAUGCAGAGUUAAAGAUAAAAUAGAAAUAGUGACACGAGGAAUAAAUACACAGUGAAUAACAAUACCAACUACAAAUAACAAACUUGGCUAUAUACAGGGAGUACCAGUAGCAAGUCGAUGUGCAGGGGUACGAGGUAAUUGAGGUAGCUAUGUACAUAUUGGUAGGGGUAAAGUGACUAGGCAACAGGAUAGAUAAUAGACUUAGCUGUAGCAGCACCGUGUGUGUUUGGCGUCAGUGUGCAUGUUAUGUGUGUAUGGGUGUAUGUAGUGCUCGUGUAUGGGUGUAUGUAGUGCUCGUGUGUGUGUGUUGGGGUGUCAGUGUGAGUGUGUGGGUAGAGUACAGUGUGUGUGCAUAGUCUGUGCAAGAGAGUUAGUGCAAAAAAGGGUCAAUGCAGUUAGUCUGGGUAGCAAUUUGAUUAGCUAUUUAGCAGCCUUGUUAAGCAGUCUUAUUUAUGGAUUGGGGGUAGAAGCUGUUCAGGGUCCUGUUGGUUCCAGACUUUGUGCACUGGUACCUCUUGCCGUGCGGUAGCAGAGAGAACAGUCUAUGGCUUGUGUGGCUGGAGACUUUGGCCAUUUUUUGGGCCUUCCUCUGACACCGCCUGGUAGAGCCGACCCAUAUGGGUUUUUGGGUCCGAUUUUUUUUGUGGGGACAACUUAACGAUAUAUCUGCCGAUAUACUGUUUUACAGCAAGGAAAUUAAAAACAGCCGUUUUUCCCACACUGAAUUCUCAUAAAUUGCCAUCCAAAAGAGCAAUUGUCCAAUAACUAUGCUUCAAAUGUUGAUUUCAUACAUUGUGAUCAUAAUGACACCUCAUGAGAAUGGCCACAAGUGUUCAGAUAAGCAUGAGAUUCCCUUUUUUCAUUCUAUUUAUUGAAUAUCGGUUGAGUUAUCGUCCGAUAGCGGUAAAAGGCCAAUAUAUAUUGGUCAGACUCUACCGCCUGGUAUAGAGGUCCUGGAUGGCAGGGAGCUCGGCCCCAGUGAUAUACUGGGCCGUACUCACCACCCUCUGUAGCGCCUUGUGGUCGGGUGGCUUGCAGUUGCUGUACCAAGCGGUGAUGCAGCCAGUCAAGAUGGUCUCAAUGGUGCAGCUGCAUAACGUUAUGAGGAUCUGAGGGCCCAUGCCAAAUCUUUUCAGUCUCCUGAGUGAAAAGAGGCACUGUUGUGCCCUCUUCACAACUGUGUGGGGGUGUGUGGACCAUGUUAAUUCCUUAGUGAUGUGUGGACACACUCCACUACAGCCCCAUCGAUAUGGAUGGGGGUGUGCUCUCCCCACCGUAUCCCGUAGUCCACGAUCAUCUCCUUUGUCUUGCUGACGUUGAGGGAGAGGUUGUUUUCCUGGCACCACACUGCCAGGUCUCUGAACUCCUCCCUAUAGGCUGCCUCAUCGUCGUCAGUGAUCAGUCUUACCACCGUUGUGUCGUCAGCAAACUUGAUGGGAACCCUGUGUUGAUGUUGCCUACCCUCACCGCAUGGCGGCGGCCCGUCAGGAAAUCCAGGAUCCAGUUGCAGAAGGUGUUCAGUCCCAGGGUCCUGAGCUUUGUGCUGAGCCUUGAAGGGACUAUGGUGUUGAAUGCUGAGAUGUAGUCAAUGAACAGCAUUCUUACAUAGGUAUUCCUUUUGUCCAGGUGGAUGAGGGCAGUGCGGACGCAAUCUCUAUUGCACUCAUCUGUGAAUCUGUUGAGGCGGUAUGCGAAUUGGAGUGGGUCCAGGGUGUUUGGGAUGAUGGUGUUGAAGUGAGCCAUGACCAGCAUUUAAAAGCAUUUCAUAGCUAUAGAUGUGAGUGCAAUGGGGCGAUAGUCCAAACGAGCUUCAAUGCCAUACAACACUCCUUCCGUAGCCUCCAAUUGCGCUUAAACGCUAGUAGAACUAAAUGCAUGCUCUUCAAUCGAACGCUGCUUGCACCCGCCCGCCCGACUAGAAUCACUACUCUCGGCGGGUCUGACUUAGAAUAUGUGGACAACUAGACCGUAAACUCUCCUUCCAGACUCACAUUAAGUAUCUCCAAUCCAAAGUUAAAUCUAGAAUUGGCUUCUUAUUUCGCAACAAAGCCUCCUUCACUCAUGCUGCCAAACAUGCCCUCGUAAAACUGACUAUCCUACCGAUCCUUGACUUCGGUGAUGUCAUUUACAAAAUAGCCUCCAACACUCUACUCAGCAAAUUGGAUGUAGUCUAUCACAGUGCCAUCCGUUUUGUCACCAAAGCCCCAUAUACUACCCACCAUUGUGACCUGUACGCUCUCGUUGGCUGGCCCUCACUACAUAUUCGUCGCCAAACCCACUGGCUCCAGGUCAUCUAUAAAUCACUGUUGGGCAAAUCCCCGCCUUAUCUUUGCUCAUUGGUCACCAUAGCAACACCCACCCGUAGUAUGCGCUCCAGCAGGUAUAUCUCACUGGUCAUCCCCAAAGCCAACACCUCCUUUGGCCGCCAUUCCAUCCAGUUCUCUGCUGCCAAUGACUGGAACGAACUGCAAAAAUCUCUGAAGCUGGAAACACUUAUCUCCCUCACUAACUUUAAGCAUCAAUUGUCAGAGCACCUUACCGAUCACUGCACCUGUACACAGCCCAUCUGUAAUUAGCCCACCCAACUACCUCAUCCCCAUAUUGUUAUUUAUUUAGCUCAUUUGCACCCCAGUAUCUCUAUUUGCACAUCAUCUUCUGCACAUCUAUCACUCGUGUUAAUACUAAAUUGUAAUUAUUUUGCACUAUGGCCUGCUUAAAACAAGUUGGUAGUACAGACCGAGUCAGGGAUAUGUUGAAAAUGUCAGUGAAGACACUUGCCAGCUGGUCAGUACAUGCUCUGACUACGUGUCCUGGUAUUCCUUCUGUUGUUUAAAGGUCUUACUCAUAUUGGCUAUGAAGAGCGAGAUCACAGUCGUCCGGAACUGCUGGUUCUCUCAUGCAUGGUUCAGUGUUGCUUGCCUCGACGCGAGCAUAGAAGGCAUUUAGCUCGUUUGGUAGGCUCGCUUCGCUAGGCAGCUCGCGGCUGGGUUUCCCUUUGUAAUCUGUGAUAGUUUGCAAGCCCUGCCACAUCUUUGUUUGAUCGCUCGUCGGAGGUCGUAGCUGGAUUUCUUAUAAGUGUCCAAAUUAGUGUUUCGCUCCUUGAAAGCGGCAGCUCUAGCCUUUAGCUCAGUGCGGAUGUUGCCUGUAAUCCAUGGCUUCUGAUUGGGGUAUGUAUACUGAACAAAAAAUAUGAACGCCACAAUUUCAAAGAUUUAACUGUGUUACAGUUCAUAUAAGGAAAUCAGUCAAUUGAAAUAAAUUCUAUGGAUUUCACAUGACUGGUCAGGGGUGCAGCCAUGGGUGGGCCUUGGAGGGCAUAGGCCAACCCACUUGGCAGCCAGGCCCACCCACUGGGGAGCCAGGCUAAGCCAAUCAGAAUUCGUUUUUUCCCACAAAAGGGCUUUAUUACAGACCGACAUACUCCUCAGUUUCAUCAGCUGUCCGGGUGGCUGGUCUCAGAUGAUCCCCCAGGUGAAGAAGCCGGAUGUGGAGGUCCUUGGCUGGCGUGGUUACAUGUGGUCUGCGGUUGUGAGGCUGGUUGGUGGUACUGCCAAAUUCUCUAAAACAACGUUGGAGAUAGCUUAUGGUAGAGAAAUUAACAUUAAAUUCUCUGUCAAUAGUUCUGGUGGACAUUCAUGCAGUCAGCAUGCCAAUUGCACACUCCCUCAACUUGAGACAAACUUGUGUUGUGUGACAAAACUGCACAUUUUAAAGUGGCCUUUUAUUGUCCCCCGCACAAGGUGCCCGUGUGUAAUGAUCAUGCUUUUUAAUCAGUUUCUUGAUAUGCCACACCAGACAGGUGGAUGGAUUUUCUUGGCAAAGGAGAAAUGCUCACUAACAGGGAUGUAAACAAAUUUGUGCACAAAAUGUGAGAAUAUUUUCUUGUGUAUGGAAAAUUCAUGGGAUUAAAAAAAAAAAAAAAAUCAGCUCAUGAAACAUGGGACCAACACUUUACCUUUAUAUUUUUGUUCAAUGUAUGUAUGUCACUGUGAGGAUGACGUUGUCGAUGCACUUAUUAAUGAAGCCGGUGAGUGAUGUGGUAAACUCCACAAUGUUAUUGGAUGAAUCACAGAACAUAUGUGGUAGCGAAACAGUCCUGUGGCUUAGCAUCCGCUUCAUGGACCACUUCCGUAUUGAGUGCUUCACUGGUACUUCCUGUUUUGAUUUAUUUCUUGGAAGCAGGAGGAUAGAGUUAUGGUCUGAUUUACCAAAGGGAGACUGAGGGAAGGUCUUGUGUGUGGAGUAAAGGUGAUCAAUAGUUUUGUCGCCUCUAGUUGCACAGGUGACAUACUGGUUCAGCCACGACUCUAAGAAACAUAGGAUAUUACUGUUUUUCAGGGACCGUUGAUGGGAUAGUCUCGAACUAGUUUGUUCUCCAGUGAUUGCCAUACUAUUUUGUCUCUUAAACUAAAAUAAGGAUAUUAAAGUAUGAAUUUAUUUUCAACCACAUAUUGGAUACACAUUUCAAUCCAGCCGAAAAAGUCUUAAACUUGUACUGUGUGUAACAAUUCUUAUUUUCUUUAGCUGUCCUCCCCUGAUGAAGACCAUGACCACACUCAGACCUGCCAGACGAUCGUGUGCUUCGCCUGCCCUGCCUGCUACCUGCUCUUCUACAUCAGGGACGAGUGCCUCCAGCAUAUGUCGGCCAAAAACCACUUCUUUCAGUCCAUCAUCAUGAGUGGUAAGCCUUAACUGCCUGUUCCACUGUAAAUCAUCUUCAGUCAUGUAUACAAUAUUAAUCAGCAUCAACGCUAGAUAUUAUGCCCAGGGAAAUUGUAUUUAGGCAGCGAGAACAAAGAUUAGCGGCAUAUGGACUCUUUUUAUGCUGUUUGUGGCAUUUCUAUAGAGCAAAUAUUUUGUGUGAAUGAAUAGUGCUUGGACAGGAUAACCUGCCAAUACACUGCUAUAACUUUGUAUCCUCCAUUGAAAUGUGUAACGAGAUAUUUUGUUCUCUUUCUGGAUAAAAGAAACUAAAGGGACAGCAUUGCCAGUUCCCAUCCCACGAUAUGCAAAGAAUCGUCUCAUUGCUUUGUGUAAGGAGGUUUCAUUCAGCGUGAGAUGUACAACAUGCCAAAAGGGGCUUAACUCACACAUGGAAGCACAGGCCCACUUCAAGUAAGUUUAUAUCUGUAUGUGUUAUUAGUGUACUUUUAAAGUCAGUAUGGUAUUAGUGUACAUGCAUGGUUGUUAAAUAGGCAGGUAAAAUGUAAUUACAGUGUAGGUACAUAUUGUUACAUACACAUUGAUUUAUUGUCUUAUACACAGACAAACAAAAAUAACCGUAGACAUACAGUACCAGUCAAAAGUUUGGACACACCUACUCAUUCCAGGGUUUUUCUUUAUUUUUACUAUUUUCUACAUUGUAGAAUAAUAGUGAAGACAUCAAAACUAUGAAAUAACACAUAUGGAAUCAUGUAACCAAAAAAGUGUUAAACAAAUCAAAAUAUAUUUUAUAUUUGAGAUUCUUCAAAGUACCCACCCUUUGCCUUGAUGACAGCUUUGCACACUCUUGGCAUUUUCUCAACCAGCUUCAUGAGGUAAUCACCUGGAAUGCAUUUCAAUUAAAAGGUGUGCCUUGUUAAAUUAAUUUGUGGAAUUUCUUUCCUUCUUAAUGCGUUUGAGCCAAUCAGUUGUGUAGUGACAAGGUAGGGGUGGUAUACAGAAGAUAGCCUGAGUGGCGCAGUGGUCUAAGGCACUGCAUCGCAGUGCUAACUGUGCCACUAGAGAUCCUGGUUCGAAUCCAGGCUCUGUCGCAGCCGGCCGCGACCGGGAGACUCAUGGGCGGCGCACAAUUGGCCCAGCGUUGUCCAGGGUAGGGGAGGGAAUGGCCGGCAGGGAUGUAGCUCAGUUGAUAGAGCAUGGCGUUUGCAACGCCAGGGUUGUGGGUUCGAUUCCCACGGGGGGCCAGUAUAAAAAAAUAAAUAAAUGUAUUCACUAACUGUAAGUCGCUCUGGAUAAGAGCGUCUGCUAAAUGACUAAAAGGUAAAAUAGCCCAAUUUGUUAAAAUACCAAGUCCAUAUUAUGGCAAGAACUGCUCAAAUAAGCAAAGAGAAACGACAGUCCAUCAUUACUUUAAGACAUGAAGGUCAGUCAAGCAGGAACAUUUCAAGAACUUUGAAAGUUUCUUCAAGUGCAGUCGCAAAAACCAUCAAGCGCUAUGAUGAAAAUGGCUCUCAUGAGGACCGCCACAGGAAAGGAAGACCCAGAGUUACCUCUGCUGCAGAGGAUAAGUUCAUUAGAGUUAACUGCACCUCAGAUUGCAGCCCAAAUAAAUGCUUCACAGGGUUCAAGUAACAGACGCAUCUCAACAUCAACUGAAUGAAUGACUGCGUGAAUCAGGCCUUCAUGGUCGAAUUGCUGCAAGGAAACCACUAGUAAAGGACACCAAUAAGAAGAAGAGACUUGCUUGGGCCAAGAAACACAAGCAAUGGACAUUAGACCGGUGGAAAGCUGUCCUUUGGUCUGAUGAGUCCAAAUUUGAGAUUUUUGGUUCCAACCGCCGUGUCUUUGUGAGACGCAGAGUAAGUGAACGGAUGAUCUCCGCAUGUGUGGUUCCCACUGUGAAGCAUGGAGGAGGAGGUGUGAUGGGGUGGGGGUACUUUGCUGGUGACACUGUCAGUGAUUCAUUUCGAAUUCAAGGCACACUUAACCAGCAUGGCUACCACAGCAUUCUGCAGCAAUACGCCAUCCCAUCUGGUUUGUGCUUAGUGGGACUAUCAUUUGUUUUUCAACAGGACAAUGACCCAACACACCUCCAGGCUGUGUAAGGGCUAUUUGACCAAGAAGGAGCGUGAUGGAGUGCUGCAUCAGAUGACCUGGCCUCCACAAUCACCCGACCUCAAUCCAAUUGAGAUGGUUUGGGAUGAGUUGGACUGCAAAGUGAAGGAAAAGCAGCCAACAAGUGCUCAGCAUAUGUGGAAACUCCUUCAAGGCUGUUGGAAAAGCAUUCCUCAUGAAGCUGGUUGAGAGAAUGCCAAGACUGUGAAAAGCUGUCAUCAAGGCAAAGGGUGGCUACUUUGAAGAAUCUCAAAUAUAAACUAUAUUUUGAUUUGUUUAACACUUUUUUUGGUUACUACAUGAUUCCAUAUGUGUUAUUUCAUAGUUUUGAUGUCUUCACUAUUAUUCUACAAUGUAGAAAAUAGUAAAAAUAAAGAAAAACCCUUGAAUGAGUAGGUGUGUCCAAACUUUUCACUGGUAAUGUACAUAUUUAACACAUCAUUGAUUAUACGGAGUGGCACCCUCUUUCCAAUAGCUAAAGAUCCGAAGCUUCUGCGCAUGUGCGGGAUUCCCAACUUUACACAGUCUCUGCUCUACUUGUUUGGCUGCCCAGAGAACAGGCUACUCUGGUGAAUUUCAGUGAUGAAUGAAUGGUGCUUGCUUAAUAAAGUUAGAUCAAAGCUGAAUCCUUUGGUACCGCAGCCUCGGCCUUGACUAUAACCCUCACUUCCAUCAUAUGGAUAAUAGGGCUUUGAAGAUACCAGUAUUGCAAUAUUUUUCGCAUGGCAAAAAUGAAAAUAUGUAAUAUAUUGUGUGCUGUAGCUUAGAAGAUAAAUACAUGUGACUGGAUCACACCAUAAUGAUUUUUGGUUCCAACAUUCGGCCUGUUUUCCUAAAGAAGUUUUGUUUCCUUGCCACGAUACUAACGAGAAUCGCGAUACUGGUAUUGUUCCGGCCCUAAUGGAUAGAUGAUCUCCUUUGUCAUUUUGUUAAUGUUAUCUCUGCUUGUUUUUUGUUCCCUUCUCCCUCAGUGUGCAGUGCAGACAGGGCGCUGCUAGGGCUGAGGCAGAGAAAACAGUGGUGCAGGUCAUGAAACAACUACAAGUGCUGGGCCAGUGCGCUGUGUGUUGCAAACUGUUCCUCAACCAAGGUGAUGUUGAGAGGCAUAAAGAAUUGAGUCAGCACAAUACUGAGGUCAACGGCACCAUGGAAAAGGCAAUUCUGCACUACAGCAAUUUCUAUGAAAUUCAACACGCCAAGAGGGCAACGGCUGCAGCGAAGUCACGGCCCAAACAGUCAAAAGAUCCUGUAACCCCCUCUCGGAAGAGGGACAAGAAGAGAGGUGAUUCUGUUGGAUCCCCAGCCAAGCGCCAGAGACGCGAGGGAACUUUGAAUGGCAGCGCUGGGCCUUCAAGGAGUUGCUUGAUAGUGGCAUGGUUUUGUGAGUGUGGCCAGCGCUUUUCAGAGGAGGCCAUGGCCAGCAAGCACCUUUUUGCUGCCAAUCAGAUCUUCCAUCAAUGUGGCGUGUGUGGAAAGCAUAUGGGCGAGUCGUCCAUCACUCGCCUGCACAUGAGCCGUUUUCACGGUGGUGCCCACCUCUCAAACUUCCUCUUCCACUGCCGGCUGUGCAAGGUUGACAUGCCGCGUCACGAGGACAUCAUGUUGCAUGUGUCAGAGGCCCACAGUGGACACACUUACUUCAGGGAGAGAGCGGUAUCGGACGAGGAGCCUGCUCCCAUUCCCUAUGCCAAACCCUCCACCAGCGGCAGACCCAGACCCAGCACCCUCACUGAGAUCAGGACUAGAACUACAUCUCCCACACCUCCCCCCAAACAGGACGAGAGGUGGAUGUGCAGGAUGUGUGAGGACAUCUUUAACUCGGAGCAAGCUGUGCACAAACACUGCAGAGAUGUGAGCAACCACAGUUUCCAGAGGUUUGCCUGUGGCCACUGCCCACAGAAGUUCUUCAAGGAGGCCACAUUAUGCAGGCACUGUGUGAACGAGCACAGCAACCAAAUAGUGACACGCUACUUCUGCGGGCUAUGUGACAGCAUGGAGUAUGACACUGAGGGGGAGUUCCAGGAGCACUAUAGGGGCAUGCACAGUAAGGACUACUACCGCAUGGAUGAGCCUGAGGUUGAUGGACCCACCGAGGCCGAAAACUCCAGUCAACUGGCAACAGCCAGUGAAAGGCGUGAAUGUCUGUGUCCAUGCAUGUUGUCAGAAAAGGACAAAGACGAAAGGAAGGCUACCUUCACACGAUGCAUGAAGUGGCUAUCCAGUGAAGACAAAUGCAGCUACGUGUGUGCACCAUGCGACAUCCAGGUGUCCUCGUUUGCCCAGAUAAAGACUCAUGUCCACUCUCAACACAAAGCCUUGGGGCUAGAGAAUACCUUUGACGUGGUGUGUGGAUCCUGUCAGGAGAGUCAUAAGGACGUGCCCAGUUUCCAUAACCACUACCACUCCCAGCACUGCCCUCUGGAGCCUUGCUCCAGCUCCAGGGAUGGAGGUGAGAGUCAUACAGAGAAGGCAGCAGCUUCCUCUGCGGUCAAGACACUGGCCGCUGUGGAGAUCAAACCAGAAGUGAAUGGCAAGUCUGCUUUGGACUAUCUUCCAUUAUUAAUUUCCACUGCAUUAACCUUCCUGGUCUUAGAAAACUGAUUUGAUUUAUUACUGUAUUUUAUUUUAUAGCGGAGGAGUUUGAAGAUGUGAAACAUGCCAUUGCUAUGAACUUGGAUGAGGUCAGAGAUGACACUGAAGCCCAUGGAGGUGAUGACUAUUUUUUUGUCUUCCGAUGUGUUCAUUGAUUUGCCGUAGCCAUUAUAUAGCUAUAGAAGGUUUCUUGGAAAUGUUUUUCUAAACAGAUAAUCUAAUUUUUUGUCCAUUUACAAUGCGUUUCAGAUGAAUCUGAUGAGGAGAUGAAGCGUGCCUUGGCUUUAAGUGUGGAAGAAGCAAGAGAGCCAACUGACUUUGAUAUUGGUGUGUAACACCUUUACUUAUCUUUGUUUGAGGACCUUUUCAUUAGUUACAUUUGCUUUAAUGGUUUGCAUGAUACCUUGUUUGAAUGGCCAGAAAGGUUCUGUCUGUCAGCUUUGAAGCUGUUGCCCAAUCAGGCCAUGUAGGUGUAGCAAAAUAAAAACAAGAUGAUACCUCUCUUUUUUUACCAGCAAUACAUGCUAGAAGAAUAACAUCAGUGUGAGUAUGUCUAAUCAAAUCACAGUAUCAUUAAAUGCACACUGGGACAUUCAGAUAGUUGGUGGUUUGUAGUUGCUGUAGAGAACUGCGUGAAUGCUUUUGAGAUGGUCAGUGUCUAGUGUUUACGUGACAGUUAUGUGCUGCAGCAUGUCUUAUUGAAGUUGACAUUAUUUGAUAUUUUUUCUGUUUCCCCCUCCUCCCCAACGAAUCUUCACAGAGAUGGAGGAAGCGCUCAAAAGAAGCCUUCUUGAAUACUGAUCAGUGAAUGUUACUUUCAGGGAACCUGUCAUUAAUUUGGUUUAUGGCAUUUUAUGUUUUGUUUUAUGUGUAACAUAUCAGCUACUUUCAACACUUUAAGACACGCUUGUACCUAUGUGAUUACACAGUAAUAACUGUAGUAACAACAUUUCUGAACUGUAAAUAUUAUUUUGAGGCAUACCUUUAUCACAUGUUCAGAGCUUUUUUUUUUUUUUUUAUGUAAUAAAGA